UAUUGAAUUUCUAAAUGUGAAUUGUAUCGAUUGAAUAGACGUUGCACGGGGCUCGGAAAGUGCGAGGAGUUAUCGCGGAAUGUCUGAGCGCCUAUAUUCCGGACCUUGUUACGGGUCUCUCUUACAUGCAGAUGGACACGGAGAGGUGUGGAUGGAUCAUGGGCCAUUCUCUAAGUUCAAGCAGUAUGGCUGGCGAUGUACAACUAAAGAGGAUUCUUACUCCAAUAAGACCCUCAUGGGUAACUGGAAUGAAGAACGGUAUGACCUACGUAAACUGAAAGAGAGGAAGCCCAUGCCCUCACAGUUUGCUCACUAUUACCAAACCUCCCACUCCAUUGAUUACCCCAAAGGAGACUUGUCUUCCGGGCGACAGGUUUUCAAACAAGAACCUCAUGCUUUUCCGGGACAUCAGCCAGAACUGGAUAUCUCCCCAGACAAACGUCUUCAGAGUUCAUGCUAUAUGACUGAUUAUAAAAAUCCUUGGCUGCUACCCCAAAAUCCUUUGCAGUGAAGACAACAAAAGCUCCUAUUUGUACCCUGAGCCUUAAAAUUAAUAUAAUAUUAGGAGCUCCCCUGUAAGGAUUGCCUGGUAUUUAUGACCUUCCAGUGUUUAUAACAUUUUAGUAAAUAAUUUUAUUGGAAAGUCUAUUAAGUGUAAGUAUACAUUAUCAGUGGGGCACUUUGCUGUGGCCUUAUAUAGUUGCUUCUGACGUAAACAGUAUUGCUAAAACAAACCACAUGCUACUUGCCGAUAGUCCCAACUAUGUAGGUUUUCAUAUUAACAAAGACUUUAUGAACACAUGUAUGAGGAAAUCUCAACAUUAUUUUCCCAAAUAAAAAUUGGAUAUGAACAUUAA